CGAUCGCCAGGUCUCCUCCUCGGCGCUCUUCGACGCCCUCCUCUUCUCCUACCGCCUCUGCGACUCCUCCCCCGCCGUGUUCGACGCCCUCUUCGCCGCCUACGCCCACGCCAACAAGUUCCGCGACGCCACCGACACCCUCCGCCGGAUGCGGGACUACGGCUUCCUCCCAAAGGUGCGAUCUUGCAACGCGUUCCUGAGCUCGCUUCUCCGCUUCGGCCGCGCUGACAUCGCCCUCUCCUUCUACCGGGAGAUGCGCCGGAGCCGGAUCUCCCCCAAUGUGUUUACUCUCAAUAUGGUCAUGUGCGCGUUCUGCGGGGCGGGGAAGUUGGAGAAGGCUUUGGAGGUGUUCGGAAAAAUGGAAUCUUUAGGGUUUAGUCCCACUGUCGCUUCUUUCAACACGUUGAUCUCCGCUCACUGUAAGAAUGGUCUCAUGAGUGGUGCUGUGAAGCUCAAGAAUUCGAUGGGCAGUAAGGGUUUAGAGCCGAAUGCGAUAACUUAUAAUACUCUGAUUAAUGGGUUCUGCAAGGAAGGAAAGAUGCACGAAGCCAAUAGGAUUUUUGCUGAGAUGAAAUCUGCGGGAUUGAGUCCAAACACGGUUACUUACAAUACUUUGAUCAGUGGUUAUAGUUCUAUUAACAGCAGUGAGAUGGCCUCGAGACUUUUUGCGGAGAUGGUGAAUAAUGGGGUGGAAGUUGAUAUCACAACAUAUAAUGCACUCAUUUUGGGGCUUUGCAAUGAAGGGAAGACGAAGAAGGCCGCUUACUUGGUGAAAGAGCUCGAUAAAGCUAAUCUUGGGCCCAAUGCGUCGACAUUUGCUGCUCUUAUUCGUGGGCAAUGCAAGAGGGAGAAUUCCGAGCGGGCACUUCAGAUUUACACAGCCAUGAAAAAGAGCGGGUUUCAUCUCAGUCGAGAUUUGUAUAUGUUGUUAAUAUCUACCUUUUGUAAGAAUAAGGAUUUUGAGGGAGCAGUGGAGGUACUGAAGGAGUUGUUGGAGAGAUGGAUGAGUCCAGAUGAAGCUUUAUUGAAAGAGCUUCUUGAGGGGCUUUCCGAAUCUGGGAAGAUCCACUUGGCGGAUAGAUUGAGGUCAGAAGUUGGGAAUGCGAGGCUCAUUCCAGAAGAUUACUUUACCAGUGUUCCUAAAAGCAAAGAAAUGGAGAUUACAUGCUAACAGAUAGAGGGAGAAGGUAUGAGGAAUGGAGAAAAUAAGUUUGCAUCCAUGGAUUACAAGGCCUGCGGGGGCUGACAAGAUUAUAAAUGUAUAAAGGUCAAUGCUUGAAGGUGGGUAUUCUAGAAUGAUGAAUUUUUAUUACAAUCUACACACUUUAAGAGUUAGCCUAGGAGGCAGGUAAGGUGAAACGGAAGAGGUCAAAGCGAUUGGCGGAGAUGACAGAGUUGAACAGAACUAGAAACCGUACGCCCUAAAGCAGUGGAAAGAGAAAAGUAACUCAUGCUGGGGAAGAAAUAACCAACAUUCUCAGAUUUCUUGUGCUCCUGACUGAAAAAAUGGAACUCUUUCUGGUAUAACUCAAUUAUCACCAAGUACAGCUAGAUGCAGCUGGAAAUAAUAUUACUUCAUGAAGAUUGUGGACACUAUCCAAAGCCUAUACAUAUGGAUCAUAAGGUGUGGCAACCAGGCACAGUUGAUGUUUCCUCCUCAAUGCCGCUCCAAAGGUCUCAUCCAUGCUUAUUAGUUCUUCAGGUCUAAUCCCAUCGCGAGCUUCCAAUUGAAAUGGGGCAAUCUAAUUUUCAUCCAAACGCAAAAUUGAUCUCAUUCCUGCUUAUUCCAAGAGUUGUACCUAUAUCAGGAAUAAUCAAAAACAGCUUAUUUUCGAAUCAAAGGAUACUUAAAAGUUUCCUUCACCACCAUUUUCAGGUAGCUCAUCUUUGCUAUUUCGUUAUCUCCUGUCUCUGUUCGCCUUUCCAUUACACCUCUUAUCUCGGUUUGGACCUUCGCCAUUACCUUCGGAUGCUUGAUCAGCUAGGUCAUUGCCGACUCCAUCGUGCUCGAGGCGCUGUCAGUCCCAGCAGCAAACAUGUCCUGAAGAGUUAACAGAGGAGAUGCGAGGAGAUGGAGUAAAAAGAGAUGAUGGUAUUGCUAUGGUUUUGAGAUCUGCUCUGCACGGUGCCGUCCGAAGGCUGUGAGACCUGGGUGUCUCGGUGAGGGUGGUGGCGAGGGCUGUGAACGAGCCGCAUUCAAGCAUGCCGGUGUCAACUCAUGUUCGAACGCCCAUGUUCGACACGUUUAAUGAACGAGCCGAAUAAGAGUUGAAGGAAUCUAGUUGCGUCAACGGCAGCUUCAAAUUUCAAUGGUCUUCAAACUUAAAAUACUGUAAUCCAACUCUGAAGUGGGGAGAGCAAAUGGGCUAAAGGCCUACGGGCCGAAUGGUGUAGACGAAUGCUGAAAUGUCAAUCAAGGCCGUGUGAAGUUCUGCAAAUGAUGUAGACGAAUGCACGAAUAUGUUGUUCGACAUUUCUCUUUUGAUUUACUCGUCGGCUUGGUAAGUAUUUUGAUUGCACGGUGAAGUCGGAGACUGGAGACACCAAAUCAUUGCAUUGUAACGGUAGUGAGUUUGUGUAUGUUGCGAAUGAACGACUUUGUUCCCGUAGAGGCAGCGUGAAAUGGCAACAAUUCGUCUUUACCAAUCUUGAAA